AUGCGGGUUUGGUGCCAUAUGUUCGUACAGACUUUGACAGAGGGAGCCCGGCUCUGGUUUGACAGCCUCCCUCCAGGAGGAAUUGACAGUUACGAAGAGCUAAGCGAGAAGUUCCUCAGGAACUUUGGUCAACAAAGAAAGGUGGUCAAGAAUCCAAACGAAAUUCUGCACAUAAGGCAAAGAGACAACGAACGGAUAGACCAAUACAUGGAGAGGUUUAUCAAGGAAAGUAUGAACAUCAAGGAUGCCCCGGAGGUCAUGAAAAUUAGCAGUUUCAUAAACGGGCUAAAGCACGCACAGUUAUGUGAAAAACUGGGGGAGGAAUUCCCCCACUCGUUUGACAACCUCAUGGACAGGCUCAGAGCCUUCGUCAGGGGAAAAGACACAGUCAGCAAAGCUAAGGAGAUGGAUGUCACACCCCGAAGGGUCACCCCAACCGCAAAACCUACUGACAAAGGUACACCUUACUCUAGAAAGCCUGCUUUUGAUAGAAUGUUGCACGACAGGGCAAGACCCUCCUAUUCCCCAUACAAACCUAGGGGAAGAGGCCCUCCUCCUUAUCUGACUAUUUCACCCCUCUCACCAAAACCCCGAGCGAGAUACUGGCCACUGAGAGGGUGA